AUGGAGUGUCAUAUCGGAACUUCACAUCCUCCACUAAUUCGAGGCUUAAUUGAUGUUAUGUUUUGUCAGCAGCAUGUCUAUUCGAACCUCUCUACCGCCGCGCCUGAUGCUCCAGUGGAGGCUAUUCUUGCUUUGAGUUCUAUUAAUGACUACUCUCAAGCGGUUUCCGAUCCGGAGCUCGAGGAAUAUAGGCGUUUAUCGGCGUUGGGCACUGCGACAAGCUGGCUUGAGAAAAUAACCAAAAAGAGCGGUGGCAAUGUUACAAUUGAUUACUGUACAGCCCUACUCACAUAG